UUUCCAUUGAUCAUCAUAAUCAAAAUAAUCAAAAAAAAAAAAAAAAUAAAAAAUAAAAUAAAAUAAUCAUGAAUCGUCAAAUAAACUAUCCGUCCGGUUUUAAAUGCCGUAAAUGGACAUUAGUCAUAUUGAUUUCGAUCGAUCUAUUGGUAUUGAUUUUGACCACCAUUGCAUUGGUACAACGAAAUGGUUCCGGUGAUGAUAUUAAUCCAGAUGAUCGUAAUACUACCAGUAAAAUUCCAACAUUAAGUCAAAUAACCAAUGCAGUGAAUACAGUUGGUGAAAAUUUGGCCAAAUUAAAUAUAACACGAAUCAAUGUUGAUCUUGGUUCAAUUGAUAAUAAUUCAACUAGACAAUUUCUCGAUGGUAUACUGAAUAAAGCAAGAGAAAAUGAGGGACAAACUAAGUGGGUUGGUCAAAUAGUUGCCAUUGUUAUUGGAUUCAUCAUUUGUUUGAUCGGUUUAAUUGGUGUCUUCAUGGAAAAUUAUUGUUUAUCAAUGACCUAUGCUGUCAUUACAUUUGUUGGAUUACUUUACACUACAGUGGUUGGUAUCUAUUCUGAAGAACCAAUUCUUAUCGGCAAAAUCAUCAUGUACAUAUUAUUCAUUCUAUUGGUUGCAUGGUUCAUAAUCGAUCUACGCGCCAUUCGUCGACAGCAAAAAUCACAAAAUAUUUGAUUAGAAAAAUGAAAAACAAAAUGACGAAAAAUCUUAGUUAAAAUCAAAAAUCAAAAUCAAAAACAAAACAAAAACUCGUUUUAGUUCAUCGAUAGGAUAGGAUAUAUUUACACACACACAUACGCACACAAACACAAACGCACCCAAUGCAACAGAUUACACGCACAUCAAAAUGAAUAAGAAGUAAAAAAAAAAAAAAUAACCAAACGGAAACAGCUACAAUCUAAUCAACCAAAUCAAUGAACUUUGAUAUUGAUAAAUCAUCAGACCUUGUUUCAUGAACAAUUUUUAGAUAUUUUUCUUUUUCAUUUUUUUUCUCUCUCUAUUCAUUUUACAUGUUUCAACAUACAUAUAUUUCUAUAAAACGGAAAACUUUCAGUAAAAAAGGUUUCACUAUUCUAUUAAUAAAUUCUCUGAUGAUUAAUUCAAUUCAUCAUUAAAAGUUAUUCAUAGUUCACAACAAACAACAACAGACAUACAAAAUGCACAAAGAUUGCUUGCCUUUUAUUUGAUGAUCAUGAUCUUUGUACUUGACACAUCAGCAAAUAAUAAUACUAUAAAAUGAUCAGAUUGAUGGAUUACAAAUAUAUCAACUUGUUGUAUUUACGAUACAAGCAUUUUUUCCAAGGAAUUUUGAUUGAAUUUAAUAAAUAAUUUCAAAAUAAAAUGAUUUUAAAGGGUU